GCUCGGUCCCGGUGCUCCGCCUGCCGGCUCCGUCAGGGCCGCCAUGCCGGGCGGCGCGCGGGGCCUCUACCGGCGGAUCCUGCUGCUGCAUCGGGCGCUGCCGCCCGCCCUGCGGGAGCUGGGCGACCGCUACGUCAAGGAGGAGUUCAGGAAGCACAAGGCCGCGGGGCCCGCCGAGGCACAGCGCUUCCUGCGGGAAUGGGAGAACUAUGCAGAGCUGAUAUGGCAACAAAUUAAUGAGGACAAACAGAGCUCUAGAAAAAAGACUGUCUUUGGAAUCCAACUCACAGAAGAAAAGCUUAAUGACUUCCGUGAUGAACAGAUUGGGCAGCUGAAGGAGCUGAUGGAUGAGGCUACCAAACCUAAGCAAAAAACCACCAUUUCUGAAGACUCAGAACACAAAAGCUGAAAGAUUCUGAAGAUUUGUUUUAAUGCAUUCGGAAGCGUUUUGAAACUUCCUUUUCCAGCUGGGCUAGAAUGUAAUUUCUGUGGAAUGAUGGCUGCUGCUGAUGCCAUAACCUUUCUGAAGGUGGUACCUCUCACUCCUUAUGCAAUCAUGACCGGUAAAAUGGAAUCAUCGUGACAAUUUUAUGUUAAUUGCAAUGUUUUUGUUUUCCUGAUGGAAGGUGGAGACUUGAAGAAUUUGGUAACGUUAAUUUGGUGUUUUAAAAAUAGAAGGUUUUAAUUUUAAUCUAAGGACUCACAGAGCAAAACUUCUGUCCAUUUUCACAUCAUCCUCUGCUGUGAUGGAGAAGGUACAUUUACGUUUGUUUUUACUGAUGUGGGUUCAAUAGACAAAGAACAAAAGUAUGGUGCCAAAGUGCACUCAUUUCAACGGAAAGAAAUGGGCAGUAUUAGAAACUUACUGUUGUUAAUUCUUCUUCAGUUUCAUUGUGAAAUGUGCUUUAAAAUAAAAGAUGCAAUUCAUCACUAAAUUGAUUUUGAAGAAAUAAUUGGUGUAUGAAGGAAAUUCUUUAUUUGCUUCACAGUUGUGAUUCACAUAUAAACUUUUAAAAAAACUAUUCAUUAUUUUGUUCUGUAAUAGUUAGAGUUCAAGUAAUCUUUAAAAGCUUUGUGUCCCAUACAACUCAUUAUAUGUAGGGCAGAAUUUAUGAGCACCUCAAUUAUUGAAGUUAUCCAUUUCAUAAUGCAGUGUAACAAACAUCAGUGAUUUUUGGUAGUUGGUCAGCCUUCAUCAGGACCAUACAUGCCUAUUGUAAUACUCUGUUGCAACUGAAAAAAAAACAAUCCUACUUUAUCUGCUAAGAAAGUAACACCUCUCUUACUGUGAAAAAGACAGCUUUCAUUUCAUAUUCCAAACUGAGUUUUAUAUUAUUAGUUUUGUUCUAUUUCUGGCCCUUUUGCUGUCUAUUACUCGUGGAGUGUUCGAGACAACAUAAUUUCUUUCCACUUUGGGAAUAACAGCUCUGACAAGUAAGCACAUUUCCAUGUGGCUGAAGUUGUAACAAUAUGCCGUUUGCCAGAGCUACAUGCUUGGUUCUUAUCAGGGCAAAUCUGGGGGGCAGACUGCUUAUCCCUCCCAUACCUGUCUUCCCAUUUCUGAAGCCUUUGCUGGGUUUUUAGGUUGCAGGUUGCUCAUUUCUAUUGAAAGGUCAACUUCAAGACUCCAGUGUAAGGUUCAUCUUCCUCUGGCAGCUCUGCUGUUUGUGCUAUAGGAGCAUCCUUUAGCAUCAAGGGAUGGUUGCAGAGUACCUAAUCCUAACCAAGAUUAGAGGACAGAGAUGAUAUCCAGGCUGCAGGGCUGGGGUUUCCAAAUGUUGGGUCUUGACACUUCAAGGACAUGGUUUGAGAGAAUGGCAGCUCCCUUCUGACCUACUGCUUUCCUUGGCCUCACCUCAGUAACAAUGUGGGAAGCAGAUGCGAUGUGUGCAGAAAGCCUGAAAACUCUCACCUAUGCUGUUCACACGUAACUAAAGCUUUUUAUACUUCAAAGGCUAUAAAGAUCUAAUCCAACUCCAGAAUUUAAGGCAGAAGAAUAUAUUGUGUUGCACUUACCUUCAGAUUUACAGUAACCAGCACUUUCCUCACUGGAAAUGAACUCAAUUCAAAAACUCAAUUCAGGUGUUUUGCAGCAGUUUGGUCCCGCUCCUUGACUAUAAAUACACUUGACUAAUUUCAGCAUCCACAUUGUUUCAAAUUUCUUUGUAAUACUAUGAUGUGGCACCACGAUUAACAUAUUUUAGGCAAUUUGUGAGUUUAAUUAAUCUAGUUAGGAAAUACAAUACUAGAAACUAAUACUUCUGUAUCUGCUCGUAUGUGUGUAGAUCACACACAUUUCUGGAGGCCAAAUGAAUUCAUAAUGAAAAAUUGCUCUUUGGUAUGAAAAAUUCAAGCUUGAAAUGAGUCCUGAGUGAGUUGGAGAUUAAGUAAACAUCUGCACACUCACCAUUUGCUAUUAACUUUUUUCUUUCAUUCCCAGUGUUCUGUACUGCAUUUGUGUUCUUUCUGUUUAAAUCAACCCUGAGAAAAGCCAAAAUUCCACAUGAAGGAACAAAGUGUCUUUAAAGGUGGCUGACUCCAACACAGACAGUGCAAGCAGUAAGACAUACUGUGAUCCUGGCAGCAAGUGGACGUAUGCAUUUAUUAAUGGCCAUUAGUUGAAGAAGGCAGGGAGUGACAGGCACUUUUAUUUUGAAGGCAUGAUAUACUUUUUAUGGGGAAUUUUGCACAGUAUUAGAUGGAUAAUUAACAAAGGAAAGCAUCCAUCAAAAUUACUUCAGAACUGCAAGCAGUUGCUGAUUUGAAGUGGCAAAAUACUUGCUUAGGGAAAAGAUACUAAUUACCUUAUGAAAAAUAUAAUGAAUUAUAAUUAAAAAAAAAUCCACAAUGAAAGAUAAUUACAACUACAUCAGAAAUUAGAACGAAGUUUUAAACUGUGCUUUUAUGUUUUGUAUAAAACAUUUGCUCUUAUGCAGAUAAUGAUUGAAAAGCCACUACUACCCGUUCAAGAACUCAUUCAUUCCGUUCAGCUCAUCCAUUAAGGAUGACCCUUUGUGUUUUGGGUGAUCCUUCAUUCGUUGGCCGUCGAGAGCUAAAAGUGAGUGACAAAGUUCAUUGGCUGACUUGGCAGGACCUUGUCUAUGCUGACUCCUUGACUGAUUGCUUUGCAUCCAGAAGGGUGCAGAAAUGAGCGGAAGGUUGUGGUGGCUCAGCAAGACACGUGGGCUGAGGUUGUAUCAGCAAGCAAACGGCUUUGAGAAAUACGUCUGAAAAUUAUCACACUUUGGGUAUGCAAAACACAGCUAUAGAUCUCAACAAGAACAACAAAAUAGUCAUUCCUCCAGUGUUUUAUUACUUGUGUUGCGAGUUUGUCUUCUUUUUUUUUUUUUUUUCUUUUAACUGACUGUCUAACAGAAGCUAUUAAUUUUCUUUCUUUCUUAAAAAUAAAUAGCGUAAUGAUAACAGAAUUUAUGAAGGAGUUACAUUUCUCAGCUAUUUUGAGUUGCUUUAAUCUUUUUGAGUUACUAGUGGGCUUUCUAGUUUUUUCUUGGGUCUGUAUUUAUGAGCAGCUGGUUAUUCACUGAUGAUUCAGUAGCCAGAACUGGCUCUCAAAUAGCAGCGUUGAACAGUCAGUAUAGGAGCGAUGUUAGGCCUUCCCUGGCUAUAGUAAUGUACCUUAUUCACAGAAGCACAGAGUCACAAGGGUUUGAAGGGACCUUAAGAGAACAUCAAAUCCAACCCCCUGCUAAAGAAGGUACUCUAUGCAGUUCACACAGGAGAGUGUUCAGGCAGGUCUUGGAUAUCUCCAUAGAAGGAGACUUCAUGUUCUCUCCAGUGCUCUGUCACUCUUACCAUAAAGAAGUUCUUCCAUGUUAGCACUGAACUUCCUAUGUUUAAGUUUCAGGCCAUUACUCCUUGUCCCAUUAUUGUGUAUUCUGUAGACAAAGCAAUAGUGGAAGAUCUCACAGGCAUUAUGUAUCUUGGGGACUACAGUUCUAAUGGCUGUAGACAUCCCGGGGUCAUCCAUUUCAGCGUAUAUUUGAUGCAUGCUUUGCUGUCUGCUUCUUUCAGAGAAAGAGCUGUGAUUGCCAUGGAGAAAGAUGUAUUUUAUGGAUUGCUAUGAAUGAUGUGUUGCAAAGAUCAAGCUUCUCUGAGGCUGUGGCUGCCUUGACAUGCAGUUAUGUCUCAGGUAAAUACCUGAACAAUUACAGCUUCUCAUUGAGCUGUAACAGUUUUGACAAAUUACAGAUUAUUACAGAAUAGAGAGAAGACAUUACCUAAUUUAAAAGCACAGAAGAACUCAGUUCUGUUAAAAAAAAAGUAGUUCAGUGAUAUGUAUAUAAACAGAAAGGCUCUUUUUCACUGAUUGUAUGCUUGUAAAAGAAGGCCAUUUUCAGUUCCCGGACAGGUAAAGGGCUUUACGUUUAUAUAAUCAACAUUCCAUUUACAUUCACCUGAAGAUGUAAUCUAAGUACCAGAAAUGCUUUCAAAGACGCAGCCUCUCAGGGGAACAUAACCCUUCUCAUACAAUUGAAAGUAUCAUCAAAGCUGUUGAUUCACAGUGCUUUCAAACAACCCAUUAAGAUAAUACAGUAAUUUCAUACAUCACCGUUUUGCCCAGAUGAUUUGUGUUUACAGCUACCAGAAGUUGAAUUUGUUUUUCAGCUCAUGUAUUCCACAUGGAUGGUGUUGGAAGUGAGAAUGAUGAUACCUGAGAAUGAUUUACUCACAUUCACGGAGGCUACGUACCUUCUGCUUUAAAACCAUAGCCUUAGUAGGAGUGUUUGCUGCGGUAUCGAUGGCCACAGCUUUGCUCUGGAUGCAGCCUUGACAGGGCUGAGUCUGUCCAGCUAUUCCGGUGUUCUGUGUCUGCUGUAUUUGUAUCAUCUCCACACUCCUCACCUCCCACCCCUCACCCCACAAAACAAAA